GGCAGGCAGGGAGGGAGGCUCGCUCUCUCGCUGGGGUGCCCGGGGGGGAGGCGGAGGGCCCGGCCUGCCUCGGGCUGUGAGGGAAGGAGGGGGGACUACAACUCCCAGUCCGUGGCUUCACAGGCCUCAAUAGGCCCACACAAGGCCCGUCAGUCAAAGGAGGGCUGAGCGGGACGCAGCCAAUGGGGGGCCUCCGGUGGGCGGGGCAUCCCGGGCUCAGCCAAUGGGAGGGAGGGAGGGGGCGAGGGCGGGCUCCGAGGAAGGAGGACGAAGGAGAAGAUGGCGGCCGGCUCGCCUCAGGCCUGGUCUGUGUUCGUGAGGCGGGAAGGAAGGCGGCGGAGGGAAGAGAACGGAGAGGCCGAGAGAGAGAGAGAGAGAGAGAGAGAGGACGUGAGAGUUCUCUGGAGCCACCCCUGCCGUGAUGGGAAACGAACCAGCUUCUAGUCGAUAUUAAGGCAUUUGGAAACCAAAGUGCAGUAAGGAAACCAGUUCUCUAGGAAAAGGGAUUCCUCUCAAGGGGCUGAUCCUGCUGAAUUCCUACAUUCACUUUGGAUUCUAGAGUAGAACCGUAGAGUCGGAAGAGACUGCAUGAGGCACCCAGUCCAGGCCUCUGCCGUGCAGGAAAAGUGCAAAGUACCCCUGACAGAUGAGCAUCUGGCCUCUGUUUAAAGGAUUCCAAAGGAGCCUCCACUACACUUUGAGGCAGAGAGUUCCACUGCUGAACAGCUCAGGAAGUUCUUAAUGUUCAGAUGGAAUCUACUUUCCUGUAAUUUGAACCCACUGCUGUGAGUAAUCAGAAAGGGAAAAACAAGAAUCAAGUGUCCUUAUUGGAAUUAAAUGUACAUAACAUUGUUGACAUGGAGGAGAAAGUAUAUAAAUGUAUUGAAUGUGGAAAGAGCUUUAGUCUGCAUGGAAACCUGAAGACACAUCAAAGGAUUCACACUGGGGAGAAACCCUAUAAAUGCCUGGAGUGUGGACAGAGCUUCACUCAGAAGGGAAGCUUACAUAGACAUCAAAGGACUCACACUGGGGAGAAGCCCUAUAAAUGCCUGGAGUGUGGACAGAGCUUCACUCAGAAGGGACACUUACAUAUACAUCAAAGGACUCACACUGGGGAGAAACCCUAUAACUGCCUGGAGUGUGGACAGAGCUUCUCUCAUAAUUCACAUCUACAUAGACAUCAAAGGACCCACACUGGGGAGAAACCCUAUAACUGCCUGGAGUGUGGACAGAGCUUUGCUCAGAAGGGAAGCUUGCAUAAACAUCAAAGGACUCACACUGGAGAGAAACCCUAUAAAUGCCUGGAGUGUGGACAGAGCUUUGCUCAGAAGGGAAGCUUGCAUAAACAUCAAAGGAUUCACACUGGGGAGAAACCCUAUAACUGCCUGGAGUGUGGACAGAGCUUCAGUGAUUGUUCAACUCUACGUUCACAUCAAAGGACCCACACUGGAGAGAAACCCUAUAACUGCCUGGAGUGUGGACAGAGCUUCACUCAGAGUUCAGGACUACGUUCACAUCAAAGGACCCACACUGGAGAGAAACCCUAUAACUGCCUGGAGUGUGGACAGAGCUUUGCUCAGAGUUCAGGACUACGUAGACAUCAAAGGACUCACACUGGGGAGAAAACCUAUAACUGCCUGGAGUGUGGACAGAGCUUUACUCGUAGUUCAGGUCUACGUUCACAUCAAAGGACUCACACUGGGGAGAAACCCUAUAACUGCCUGGAGUGUGGACAGAGCUUUGCUCGUAGUUCAGGUCUACGUUCACAUCAAAGGACUCACACUGGGGAGAAACCCUAUAACUGCCUGGAGUGUGGACAGAGCUUCACUGAGAAGGGAAGCUUGCAUAAACAUCAAAGGAUUCACACUGGGGAGAAACCCUAUAACUGCCUGGAGUGUGGACAGAGCUUUGCUCAUAGUUCAGGUCUACGUUCACAUCAAAGGACUCACACUGGAGAGAAACCCUAUAACUGCCUGGAGUGUGGACAGAGCUUUGCUCGUAGUUCAGGUCUACGUUCACAUCAAAGGACUCACACUGGGGAGAAACCCUAUAACUGCCUGGAGUGUGGACAGAGCUUCACUCAGAAGGGAAACUUGCAUAAACAUCAAAGGAUUCACACUGGGGAGAAACCCUAUAACUGCCUGGAGUGUGGACAGAGCUUCACUCAGAAGGGAAGCUUGCAUAAACAUCAAAGGAUUCACACUGGGGAGAAACCCUAUAACUUCCUGGAGUGUGGACAGAGCUUUACUCGAAGUUCAGGACUACGUUCCCAUCAAAGGACUCACGCUGGGCAGAAACCAUAGAAAUGCAUGGAGUGUGGACAGAGCUUUUCAUGGAAUAGACAUCAAUUUGAGUUUAGCAUAUUCUAAUAAUUGUAUAUUUAUUUCCUUUCUUAGUUUAAUAAAAUUAUUAGUAUCUAAAUCUUCUAAUUCUCUAUAACAUUUAUUCCCAGAUCCUUAAUUGUCUUUAAUUUUAAUUAUCCCCUCCUGUUUUAUUUUUUAAAUCUCUUCUUAGUGAUAAUUAAAUAACUACACUUCUGACUUGUUCCAGUUAAUUUGCAAAACUUUUAAUUUUCCAAAAUUUUUCUAGGUAAUUUUCAUUUUUUCCCCAUUGUUGUAUUGGGGUUUCCACUGAUAAAUGGGUAUCUUCUGCAAAUAAAUUAAUUUCAUUUGUUUCAA